AUGGAGAUGCAGUCACCUAUUGUCACACACACACACACACAAGUCCGAGACCGCGGGGUGACCCGGUCCAAGGCGGACACACACACACACACACACACACACAUGCCGCAGGUGGAUAUUGUGCCUGGGCGGCUCAAUGAGGCCGAGUGGAUGGCGCUUACCGCCCUCGAGGAGGGCGAGGACGUGGUAGGGGACAUCUCACACACACACACACACACACACACAGACUCUGCUUUCAAAGUCUACCUGACUCAGCAGAGCAUUCCAUUCACCAUCAGCCAGGCCCGAGAGGCCCACACACACACACACACACACACACACCUGGCCCGGGACGAGGGAGAAUCUGCAGUGGCUGCACACACACACACACACACACACACAGAACCUUCAGCAUGCACGACAGACUCCUGGGCUCAGGGUUCAGUGCCCGUGCUGCAUGCGCCCACCUCGGAGGGCCUGGAGAACUUCCAAGGCGAGGACCCUGGGGGCGUGGACCAGAUCCCUUUAGGAAGGUCAUGGAUGGGUCGAGGCUCCCAGGAGCAGAUGGAAUCUUGGGAGCCUUCUCCGGAGCACACACACACACACACACACACACAUACGUCAGAGCUGUUUCAGGAGGCAGGGCCCGGCGCACACACACACACACACACACACACAUCUAGAGGCCUCUCCUCGGCCGGGUCCUUGAGCGCCACACACACACACACACACACACACACGCCUGCGGAGGAUGCCGACCCUUCUCUGGAGCCGCACACACACACACACACACACACACAAACCGAGAGGGGACAGCCGCUGGACUUCCAUUUGUCACACACACACACACACACACACACACCCCAACUGGACGCGGCUGGGGAUCGGCUGGAACUCAGGUCGGAGGGGGUGCCCCGCAUUGCCUCGGGCGUGUCGGAGUCCUGCCCCUCUGUGGGCCACACACACACACACACACACACACACCAGCAGCAGCGGGCCGGAUCCUCGGAUGUGCGGCCACACACACACACACACACACACACACGCAAGGCGGCCGUGAAGCGCCUGGACCCUGCGCGGCUCCCGUGCCACUGGGUGUGCCCUGUGGCUGAGGUCCUGGUCCCAGACUCUCAAACACGCCACACACACACACACACACACACACAGCGGGGCGAGAAGACCAAGGCCCGGGCCGAACUCCAAGCCCUCGGCCCCAGCACCCGUGUCUCCCCGGCAGCGUUCUUCCCUCUCCGGCCAGGCGUCACACACACACACACACACACACACACCGCACUCCAGUUCCCCACUUUAAAUUUAGCAGACAGGGAGGGCCAGGAUCCUGGCAGAUGGCCACACACACACACACACACACACACAGCCACUUCCCAGGUGAUGUGGAAGCCGCUGUUGCUGCCAGAAGCCCUGAAGCUGGCCCCUGGUGUGAGCAUGUGGAACCGGAGCACCCAGAUGUUGCACACACACACACACACACACACACAGGACAAAGAAGGUAGCACCUUUCCUCCUGAAUGA